UUGCGUUUUGUGGGAAUUAAAUGAGCAAUGAGCCCAGUGAUUUGCCUUCGGAAUCCUCUGAUAGCCCCGUUAAUGGCACUUUGGGAACGAUGUGGCAGACAGACCUGCGCAGUUGGCUUGACAGGUGGAAGUGGGCUCCGAAAUAGGAAGCCGAGCACCAGCAGACUUGAAUCCCUCUGCCAGUGAAAGCAGCUUUGGACUUUUCCGUCGCUCCUUAGUUUCCUGGGUCAUCCACCUAGGGGCAGUUGGCGAGCUUGAGAAAAUUCCCUCCUACUCAGCCAAUGCAGGGCCCAGGGCUUGAGUGUCAGCCACCCAUCGGGAGAUGCUAGGAUCCCAGCUGACAGGUCUUUUCCGUCUGUUGAAAUGUCUAUGAUUUUAUCUGCCUCAGUCCUUCGUGUCAGAGAUGGACUGCCACUUUCUGCCUCUACUGACUAUGAACAAGGCACGGGCUUGCAGGAGUGCAGGAAGUAUUCUAAAAUGCUCUCGAGGAAACUUGCUCAGCUUCCUGAUAGAUGCACACUGAAAACUGGACAUUAUCACAUUAAUUUGAUUAGCUCUCUGGGAGUAAGCUACAUGAUGUUGUGCACUGAAAAUUACCCAAAUGUUCUGGCCUUCUCUUUCCUGGAUGAGCUUCAGAAGGAGUUCAUUACUACUUAUAACACGAUGAAGACAAACAGUGCUGUCAGACCAUACUGUUUCAUUGAAUUUGAUAACUUCAUUCAGAGGACCAAGCAGCGAUAUAAUAAUCCCAGAUCUCUUUCAACAAAGAUAAAUCUGUCUGACAUGCAGAUGGAAAUCAAGCUGAGGCCCCCUUAUCAAAUUUCCAUGUGUGAACUGGGGCCAGCCAAUGGAGUCACAUCUGCAUUUUCUGUUGACUAUAAAGGUGCUGGUAAGAUUUCUUCUGCUCACCAGCGACUGGAACCAGCAACUCUGUCAGGGAUUGUGGCAUUAAUCCUUAGCGUUUUAUGUGGAGCUCUGAAUUUAAUUCGAGGCUUUCACGCCAUAGAAAGUCUCCUGCAGAGUGAUGGGGAGGAUUUUAAUUACAUCAUUGCGUUUUUCCUUGGAACAGCAGCCUGCCUUUACCAGUGUUAUUUACUUGUCUACUACACCGGCUGGCGAAAUGUCAAAUCUUUUUUGACUUUUGGCUUAAUCUGUCUAUGCAACAUGUAUCUCUAUGAACUCCGCAACCUCUGGCAGCUUUUCUUUCACGUGACUGUGGGAGCGUUUGUUACACUACAGAUCUGGCUGAGGCAAGCCCAGGGGAAGGCUCCCGAUUAUGAUGUCUGACACCGUCCUUCAGACCUAUUGCCUUGGCUGCUGGGGAAAAAGGAGGGAGCUUCUCUUACCUGCCACUGUGAUGAAGAAGCUGUUCACCACAAACCAGAGGCUCUGCUUUCUUUCUCUCCAACCCCUUUUUGUUCUGUCAGCAUGGCAUGCCUGUGAGCAUGCGCCACCUGCCCGGCAAACUCCUCUUUAGAAGAAUGUUGGCCGUGAGCUUAUUAUUCAGAGGAGAAGACUUCUCUCUGCAGGGCCAUGACAGUGGAAGACCCGUCAGAUACCACUGGAAGACUGGGCCAGCAGUCCUGAAUCCUUGCUGAAGAGUUCAAACAAAAAAAAAAAAAAGUUGAUCUUUUUGAGGACCAAGCAGGAACUCUGGGUUUGCCUUUGUGAGGCAUUAGUACAGACCAAAUAAAAAGUUGCCACCGUAAAUUGGAAAGUUUAUGUUUAAAACAGAUGACUUGCUAAGUAU